AAGAGGUGGUCAGGUGUCGAUCAAUUACCGUCUACGAGGUACAGGAUGAUGGGGGCGCGGACGUGGCUUCUGGUGGUGGCGGUGCAGGUGUUGGUGGUGGAAGGCAGGUGUCCCAGGCCGUGCAGGUGUAAUUAUGAGGAACACGGCAGGAAGGUGGUGACAUGUGACGCUGGCAGCCUGACUGGGCCUAUACCUGUGUUUGAUAUGGAUAUGGAUACUAAGAUACUGACCAUCACAUCACCAGAGGAUCAACCCAACACGUUAACCCUGGGGCCAAUCUUCUCCACUCUGUCACAGCUUGAAGAGAUCCACAUCACCCGGUCCAACGUUCCAGCCAUCGGGGAGAACUCCUUGUGGGGUCUAAGUCACCUCCAGGUCCUCAACUUGACGAAUAAUAACAUAACUCUUCUGUAUGAUUCUCACCUGAAGGGCAUGAGGAGCUUGGAGGCUUUGCACCUCGACGACAACCACAUCACCAUACUGGCCUCCGGCACCUUCAGGAGCCUAGAGAGCCUGGAGAGCCUCACGCUAGCCAGGAACAAACUGCGGGUCAUCGCCCCCAGGGUCUUCCUCCUCCUCUCCCGCCUUAGGUACCUCGACCUCAGCGGCAACGCCAUCCAGGAACUCGACCCGGAAGACCUGAAGGACAUCCCCGCACUGAGAACUCUGCUGUGUGCCGAGUGUGGCCUGACGAGGGUCAAGUCUCUGGUGUACAGGAUGUUGCCGCUCCUAGAGACCCUAGACCUCCGCGACAACCGCAUCACCUCCCUCGCCCCGGAGGAGUACAUGGACCUCGACUACCUGAAGCGACUUUACCUGGAUGGUAACCGGAUCUUCGAGCUUAAGGAUUACACCUUCAAGGGCGUGGCUCUGCAGCACCUCGGCCUGGCCAGGAACAAGAUGGAGAGGAUCUCGAGGAUGGCCUUCGAGGACUGUUCGGUGCUGAGCAUUGACUUGUCGUCCAACAGUAAGCUGCAGUACUCGUCCUUUAGGCACCUAAGUCCUGUCAUCGCCCACAUGCACGGACUCAACAUCGCCAAUACCCGCAUCAGUCCCGACCACGUCAGGGAGUUACUCAAGCGAGCUUCCAGGUUGAAGAAACUUAAUCUGAGUCGUUUGCAUCUUAACCAACUCUUACCUAACAUGUUCAUCUCCCAGGCCAAGCUGGAAGAACUCAACUUGUCGAGCAACAGCCUCCGCUACGUCCCUGUCGACAUCCUGCACUCCCUGCCCAGCCUGCAGUCCCUCGACCUGCGUAAAAAUGAGUUCCGUGGUUUGCCAGAAAUUAUUCUGCGUCGUUUGGAUCGCAUUUAUGACGUUGAACUGGACACCAACCCUUGGUCGUGUGACCAGUGCCACAUCCCCUACCUUAAGAUCUGGCUCAACAACUCCAAGAGCUUCAGGACAGCUUGUUACCCAGACGUGGACGCCCCCAAGUGCCUCAAGUGCCAGUCACCCAUGGAGAUGUACGAUAAGCCUAUCAUCGAGAUCGAGGGCUUGGAACUCCAGCCUUGUCCAGAGGGAACCUUCGACUUGGCGGCCGCCAGUGCCAGCUCGUCCAACUUCUCGCUGGUGCUGGCGGUGGUGACGGCGGCAGUGGUGAUCAUCCUCCUGCUGAUCAUCCUCGUGACCGGCAUCAUCAUGUACAACCGUCACACCGCCUUCUACUACACACACGAGAACGACUCCAGGCACCACUUCUACGAGAACCCCGCCCUCCACUCCGACCACACUGACAUCACCCUCGACGAGGACCUCGACCACCUGCCGGAGAAGGACCCGAGGUUAGACGGCCAGACGAACGCCACCCGAGAUGCACCCGACACCGAAAAACCCGACAACCCAUCGUCGGGAGGCAAGAAGAAACAAACCGUCGACAACAAUGUGGUGGUGAUUGACGAGUUGAUAAGGAAUAAAAAUGCAAAGUCAACUCAGAACGGAAAGUCCUGAGGCUACUUUUAUGAUACUAACUUUGAGAGGAAAAAUGUGUGAUGCUUUAUGAGUAACGUAGACACUGUUGCCUCCACGUCAAGUCACCACAACACUCCCAACAAAACGAACCAAGACAUUUUUAAGUUUUCUCAUAAACAAAUAUAUAAUACAAACACUAGUAUAGCCCCCCCCCCUCGUGGUUGUUUACAUAAAGUGUGUGCAGGGGGAGGAAGAAGUGGCGCUGUUUACGUGUAGACAGUGAAGGGAAAGGGCCGUGUUUACCUCACCACACCCCCCCCCCACCCACCACAUACAAUUAUCACCACGUAUUCAUUGUCUAUUAGUGUGUGUUGUUUAUCCAUUUUGUAUAUCAUCAUAAAUAAGACAUUGUAUAUUUGGCGGCGAUGAAGCCCAAAAUGAUGAUGAUGAUGGUGAUGGUGAUGAUAAUGAUGGUGAUGGUGAUGAUGAUGAUGAUGAUGAUGAUGGUGA